AUGCGUUUUCCAGAAGCAGCCUGUGAAGGUCGAGAGGUGAGCUCCGGAGUGAUGAAUCGGCCAAAGAUAAGGAGAGAAAUUUGUACUAUGAAGCUGAUAAACCACCCGAAUGUAGUGCGGCUGUAUGAGGUUUUGGCGAGCAAGACGAAGAUAUAUAUAGUCCUAGAAUUCGGCAUGGGUGGAGAGCUUUUUGACAAAAUUGUACAUGAUGGGCGCCUGAAAGAAGAGGGAGCACGGAGAUAUUUUCAGCAGCUUAUCAAUGCAGUUGAUUACUGUCACAGCAGGGGAGUGUACCACAGAGACUUAAAGCCGGAAAACUUGCUUCUAGAUGCUCAAGGAAAUCUGAAAGUCUCUGAUUUUGGAUUGAGUGCCUUGUCCAGACAAGUCAGGGGUGAUGGUCUUCUUCACACUGCAUGCGGAACUCCAAACUAUGCUGCUCCUGAGGUUCUUAAUGAUCAAGGCUAUGAUGGGGCGACCGCAGACUUGUGGUCCUGUGGAGUGAUACUCUUUGUACUACUUGCUGGUUAUUUGCCUUUCGAGGAUUCUAAUCUCAUGACACUGUAUAAAAAAAUAACAACUGCUGAAUAUCAUUGUCCUCCUUGGCUCUCUCCUGGCGCCAAGAACUUGAUCAUCCGAAUCUUGGAUCCAAACCCUAUGACUCGUAUCACAAUUCCAGAAAUUCUGGAAGAUGCAUGGUUCAAGAAAAACUACAAGCCAGCCGUUUUCGAGGAGAAGGAAGAAGCAAACUUGGAUGAUGUGGAAGCUGUUUUUAAAGAUUCUGAAGAGCAUCAUGUCACAGAAAAGAAAGAAGAGCAACCAACUUCCAUGAAUGCCUUUGAGUUGAUAUCAAUGUCGAGAGCUCUGGAUCUCGGGAACUUGUUUGAAGAAGAAGAGGGAUUCAAGCGAGAAACAAGAUUUGCUGCUACAGGCGCUGCUAAUGAAUUAGUCCAGAAGAUUGAAGAAGCUUCUAAGCCUCUUGGUUUCGAUAUUCAAAAGAAAAACUAUAAGAUGAGACUUGAAAACGUGAAUGCCGGAAGGAAGGGAAACCUAAAAGUGGCGACUGAGAUAUUUCAAGUAUCACCUUCUCUGCAUAUGGUCGAAGUCCGGAAAACUAAAGGGGAUACAUUAGAGUUCCAUAAGUUAAUAAUUUUAAGGAUCGAAAUUCGAAAUCUUCUUAGCGCCAUGGCUUCCUUAUCGACGAGAACUCAACCGUGGUUAGUGCACAUUCCCGGCGAAUCCGUCCUCCAUCACUUGCCAAGCACGUGCUCUUUCCCAUGGAAGCCAACAAUUACGAGGCGGAUGAUCUGUUCGCCGGCGAGGAACUCCGGUGAGAUGUCGACGGAGGCAGAAACCGACGGUGGAUCUAGCACAGCCGUUGAUGAAGCACCGAAAGGGCCUCCAUCUUUGAUCUCAGCUCUCAACGUCGAACGCGCUCUCCGUGGCCUUCCGAUUACAGAUGUGGAUCACUACGGCCGGCUUGGGCUUCCCAGAAACUGUUCUUACGAUCAGGUUAGAAUUGGUUACCAAGAUAAAGUAAAGGAGCUAAUGGGACAAGGGCUAGACGAAGAACAACUCAAGAAGAAGAUGGAGCUUGUCAAAGAUUCGUAUACGAUCUUGUCGUCCGUGGAAGAGAGACGAAUGUACGAUUGGAGUCUAGCCAGAAGCGAAAAAUCAGAGCGGUACGUGUGGCCAUUUGAGGUUGACAUCAUGGAACCGUCGACGGAAGAGCCGCCUCCUCAGGAACCAGAAGAUGUAGGACCGACGAGGAUUCUGGGAUACUUCAUUGGAGCAUGGCUUGUUCUUGGUGUCGCCCUUUCUGUUGCAUUCAAUCGUUAGCCAGAUUCGUUUCUUAUACUGUUCUUUCGCAUCAUCUUCCUCACUUCAAAUUGAAUAACUUUCGAUGUAUAUUUAGUACCCGGUUAAAUAUCUACGUGUCAUCUGAUGAUGUUCAAAUCUACGGCUAUGUAAUAAUUAGUGUGUGUGUGUAUCCACAAAGUAAAGGAUAUAUAUGUUUACAUACAAUUAUAAUUUAUAUGUUUAUGAUUUAUCCAUUUAUCAUCUUCAGAAAUGACACAGCCAUUCAAGGCGUAAAGGUAA